GCCGUUUUAGGGGGAGGCAGCAUUUAUUAGACUGAUACACAUAACCAUCGCUUCAUUCACCACGGACAGACGGACACACUGAAGCUUCAUCGUUUCUACAGAUUACUCUAGCUUGUGAAAAUGGAGGCUUUGUCUGCAGCAAACACUCAGUUCUCCCUCAACCUGUUCAAGAAGAUCAGCAGAGUAAACGCAUCAGGAAAUGUGUUCUACUCUCCUGUCAGCAUCUCCUCAGCUCUGGCCAUGGUGUCGCUCGGUGCAAGAGGAAACACAGCAGCUCAGAUGAUUCAGGUCAUGGGCUUUAGAAAUCCUCAUCAUUCAGUGGACCAAAUUCAUUCCAGCUUCAACCAGUUAAUGAGUGAGCUGAACAAUCCAGGAAUUUUUAAACCGUAUGCGUUGAGUGUUGCCAACCGCCUCUACGGAGAGCAAUCCUACCAGUUUGUUGAGAAAUUCCUCAAUGACACAAAAAGAUACUAUGAAGCCAGACUGGAGAAGGUGGACUUCAAGACCAAAUCAGAGGCUGCUCGUGUCACCAUCAACAAAUGGGUGGAGAAAAAAACACAAGAGAAGAUCAAGGACUUGCUGCCACCAAGAAGCGUCGAUGGAUCGACCAAACUGGUCUUGGUGAACGCCAUCUACUUCAAGGGGAACUGGGAGAAGAAAUUCCCAAAGGAAGCCACCAGAGAUGCGCAGUUUAAGAUGAACAAGAUUCAAACUAAACCAGUGAAGAUGAUGCAUCAAGAGGAAAAGUUUCCUCUGGCCUUCAUCCCAGAGAUGAACAGUCAGGUUCUGGAGCUGCCGUAUGUUGGGAAGAGUCUCAGUAUGUUGAUCAUCCUUCCGAACGAGAUGGAAGACGACACCACUGGCCUUCAGAAGCUUGAAAAGGCAGUGACCUACGAGAAGCUCAUGGAGUGGACCAAACCCAGCAAGAUGAAUCUAGAGAAAGUUCAAGUCUCUCUGCCCAAAUUUAAGAUUGAGGUAACCUAUGACGACAUGAAGAGUCUUCUGAUCAGCAUGGGAAUGGAGGAUGUUUUUGACCCGCUGAAGGUGAAUCUUUCAGGCAUGUCCUCCAACAACGACCUGGAGCUGUCGAAGGUGAUUCAUAAAGCCUUUGUUGAAGUCAACGAGGAAGGAACCGAAGCGGCUGCAGCCACUGCCAUCGUCGGUGUGAGAACAACCUCAUUACCCUCACCCCCAAAAACCUUUACUGCAGACCACCCGUUCCUGUUCUUCAUCCGGCAUAAUCCCUCCAAUGCCAUUCUGUUCUAUGGACGCUUGAGUUCUCCUUGAAGAUAGUGAUGAUAAAGUGAUCAUUCUAGAUGACUGUGUUCCUCUCAUAAAUAAAGUCACUAAUAAAUAAUUGAGUGAAAUUGUCUGUAUGCAUUUACUUUAACAGAGUAAUUUAAGAUUCAUGAUACAGUUCUGUGCAAGAUACAAAGAAUAUAAAAAUAAUUAUUUUGGAUUAAUCUGUUCAACAUUUAGUUUUUUGUGUGAAAACUAGUUUUUUCUUAUACUGACCAUUCUUGGCAUUAAGUGUAAAAGAGGAAAAAGAAAGCUAUCAGUUGUCAGAUGCUUUUAUCCGUAAAACCGUAAAAGCCAAAACCUGAAAUCUUUUAUCUUGGUUUCAAGUUAAAACAUUAUAUUUGGCACAAACCCACAGCCAGCGCAACACUCCGAUCACAUCAGCCCUACUGUAUGAUGGUGAAAGCAUGUGUUCACACUUACAUGCCCAAACCUCACAGUCACUCCCAGUUACUCCCAGUUCUGACUUAGUUAUUUCACAACCAUUUGUAUGUACAACAUCGCCCUGAUAGUAAAUGAACAUGAACGACACAAAUAUGAAACAUAUUUUCACAUGGGAAAAUAUUCCAUAGAGAAUAAAUGCAUGUCACAGUAUUAAACGUGAAUAUAGUUAGUUUUCAUUUAAUAUAAUUAUGUUUUACUGUGAAUUUUCUGACAUUGCAUCAAUUAAUGUUGUUCACAUGCACUAAUUGUAUAGACUUUUUUUUUAAAGGAUGUUAUUACUUCUAGUUUACUCCUACAAUUGCAUUUAGGCAAUGUUAAAUAUCAUGUGCAUGCUAUAUUUAUAAAUAGAGUGAAAGUACAAAGCAAUAUGGCAUUUGUCAGAUGCUACUAUCCUAAGUGGUUUACAGUAUUUCAGUGACAAUGUAACUGGAGCAACCUGAUAUUAAACACACACACACACAGUGACUAUAAAUUUGAGUAUAAAUAUAAAGUUGCUUUAUAUUUGCUAUCUCUAAAAAAGUAAUUCAAAUAAGCAUGAACAACUGCAAAACUGGACAUGCAUUUGUCAAAUGUGUGAGAAGAAAACCUCAAAGCCAAACCCUGAAAUCUUUUGCAAGAAUAUCUUGUGGUUUGCAGAUUCAUAACUAGCAUUUUUUGGCUUCAAAUUAUAAUCUACUUGGCACAAAACCAAAGACACACCGAUUACACCAGCAAAAGCAUGACUCACAGUUCUGACAUUAUUUACCUUUACUUUAAACAGGCAGGCCUAAUUACAUUCACAACUGUUCCAAUGAACAACGUCAGCCUGACUGACAGAUAUAUGGCUGUAGGUUAUAUGAAUAAGAACAAAUAUGAACACUGCCACAUUUUAUGUCUAAAUCUAAUGGGAAAAUACUUCAUAUAAAACACAUCACUAAGGCUCGUUUGAGAAUUACAUUAUACGCAGAAAUGAUCACUGCCAGAUGCAUU